AACGCGCUGUAGCGCUAUCAGCUUUAGUUGCGUGAAGAAACGAAUAGACGCUUCCUGUUGGAGGUAGCGUGUGAAUGGUAGCAUUUUGAUCUGAUCUGAGGUCCAAACUCAUUUUCAUCAAUUAUUCAUCUCAGCUGUCGACAUGGUGAAGCUGACAGCAGAGUUAAUUGAGCAAGCGGCACAGUACACGAACCCUGUGCGGGACAGAGAGUUAGAGCUGCGCGGUUAUAAAAUCCCUGUGCUGGAGAACCUGGGAGCCACACUUGAUCAGUUUGAUACUAUUGAUUUCUCUGAUAACGAGAUCAGGAAAUUGGAUGGAUUUCCACUGCUGAAGAGACUCAAAACACUCAUGAUGAACAAUAACAGGAUUUGCCGAAUUGGUGAGAACCUGGAGCAGUCUUUACCAAAUCUGAAGGAGCUGGUUCUCACAAGUAACAAUAUUCAAGAGCUGGGUGAUUUGGAUCCUCUUGCUACAGUGAAAUCAUUGACCCUGCUCAGUCUUCUCCGUAAUCCAGUUACCAACAAGAAGCAUUACAGAUUGUAUGUCAUCAACAAACUCCCACAGAUCCAUGUUCUGGAUUUUCAAAAGGUCAAACUAAAGGAACGUCAGGAGGCUGAAAAAAUGUUCAAAGGCAAACGAGGUGCUCAGCUUGCAAAGGAUAUUGCCAAGCGAACCAAAACGUUCACUCCAGGAGCUGGACUUCAGCCUGAGAAGAACAUGGGACCUUCUGCUGCAGAUAUUGAAGCCAUCAAGAAUGCUAUUGCUAAUGCCACCUCGCUGGCUGAAGUGGAGCGAUUGAAAGGACUUCUGCAGUCCGGACAGAUACCAGGAAGAGAGAUAAGAUCAGGAGCACCUAACAUGGUAGAAGAAGAGGAGGACAUCCAAGAAGGAAUGCUGGAAUCCAUCCCAAUGUAUGAUGACAUGCAUAGCAUGGGGAAGGAGGUAGAGAACAGAGAAGACAAUAACAUGCAGGAAGACAUGCACGUUAAUGGAUCAUAGUUAUUUUUGUUUAUUAAUGUUUCAGAAUCAUUAAUGCCUGACGUUUUUGACACUAUGUGGGGCAAAGUACUUGUUUUGAUGUGUUAUUUUGUUGUACAUUAAACUUUUGUUUUAAUAAACAAUGAUUUUGAAGUUAUAUCUGAACCUGGGCCAAAAAUUAAAAACUAAUUUAUUAAUUUUAGCUGAAUUAAUCCUCUGGAAAAAAUCAGUGCAUUCUAAAUUAAAGGGAAAGUUGACCAAAAAAUUUAGAUUUUUAUCAUUUUCGAACACAAAAGAAGGCUCAGUCACCAUUCAUUUUGUUGUGUUGGAAAAAGAUGAAAUGAAAGUGAAUGGUGACUCAGGCUGUCAGUCCUUAACAUUCUUUCUAACAUCAUCUUUUGUGUUUUAUGGAACACUGAACGAGUGGAAUGUCAUGGGGGUGAGUAAGUGAUGGAAAAAUGUAUAUAUUUGAAUAGGCUUUUAAGCAAAAAUCUUAAGCACACAUUUUCAAUACAACAUUUUAUUGAAGUUCAAAUUCUUAAAAUGCCUCCGCAGAAAUAGGCCGGGAGAGAAACAUGAGUGAGAAUUGAGAGAUUCCAAGUGUAGUAAUAAUAUAAUAAUAGUAAUAAUUAAUGGGAUAUUGUUCAUUAAUAGAUUUGAGCAAAUUGCAAGACUGCAGUGUCUGUUGUCUUUUUCACAUUGUGAGAACCUGGAACACAGCACUUGGUAAGACUAAUUUCAUAGGGCCUUAGUUGUGUGAGAAACAGACUGAAAUGUAAGUUGUUAUUCACUGAAAGUCUUGCCAUCCGCCCUAUCUGUCUUUGGCGUAUUCAUGAGAGAAGUAGUGAUCACGUAUUCUGAUCUUUUUAAUUAACUUGAUCUAGUUCACAAAAGCAGUCUGGAUGAUUUGUUUGAGUUCAACUAACUAUGGACUAAGUUUUGGGGGAACUUUUCUGUUAAUACCAAAAGCCUCUAUUAGAAAAAUCAAUGAUUUACCUCUUCAAUAUCAAUAUCGGAGGGUUACAUAAGUAACCCAGGUUCUGUGAAUGAAGUCAGGCUCACUGAGGUUGAGGUGCCAGGAGACUGCAAAUUAAUCAUGGCCCGCUUUCAAUCAUCCUCUACAAAUACAGGUGUGAGCCGGCCAGCACUUACUCUUUUGCCAACUGACACAACGUGUUUUCGGUAGCACUUUAUUUUUACAGUACUUUUCCACAUUUACAUACUAAAUAAUUACAACAACUAUAGUAAUUACUAGGUACUAAACCUAACCUUAACUCAUAGUAAGUACAUGUUGUUACCUAAUAUUAGAUAGGACUCUUUGUCCAAGACCAUUUUAUUUAUUUAUCUGUUUAUUUGUUCAGGGACAAUUCAAAAUAUAUGUAUUAUAACAGUAUUUGCUUAAAGCUUAUAACAUCCUUUUCAGUAACUUCAGCUAGAUCUAAAACAGGGCAAGUAUAAUCCGGAGGUGUAAUCGAUCUUAUUCUUUUACCAAUAUUAUUCACUUGGUCCACAAUUGAAUCUUUAAAAAAGUGGUUAAAAGAUGUCACAAUUACUUUUUCAUCCUGUGUCAGUGUAUUAUUUAUCAUAAGUUUAUAUUUAUUUAAAACCUAAUAUUUUUUUUUUUUAAGUUUAUUAAUGUGCUUCCAAAGCAAUUGACUGUUACCCUUUGAUUGUUCCAUAUGUGUAAUAAAGAAAUUAGCCUUUGCUUUUCUAAGUUCAUCAACCACUUUAUUUUGUAGGUCUUUAAAGAGGUGCUGUAAGGGGAAAAAAUCAUUUCACAUGUAUUAUUCUAAUAUUUAACCUUUACUCUUUCCAUCUAGUUUCUAGCUUCUUUUAUUUGUGUUGUUGCAUUACUGUGUCUUUGAUGUAGGACUUCUAAGAGAUACCGCACUAGUUGCACCAGACAUAGCCAUCUCCAAAUUUAAUUGAUAGUCUCAGCUUUAGCCAACACUUACAAGUGAGACAGCAUAGGCCAGAGAAUGAGUUAACCAUGGGGUCAACCUGACAUAGUGACAUAAUGUGUUAAUGCAAGUAACUAAUCAGAGUUUUAGUUGAAUGUGGUAAGAUCUUGUUUGUAUGAGAUGGUAUAAAACACGUGCUGUGAGAUGAUUGUUGGGAGAAUUCUUUUGAAUGAGCGACCUCUUCCCCAGCCGAAUAAACAUUCUUCUGAUGGUGAAUAGAAUCCAAAGACUUCAGUUAUUUCUCUUUAUUGGAAAAUUUCGACAGUAUUUGGGGACUCGUCCAGGAUCCCCAACUGCCUUUGGGAGAGGGACGGUGGCUGACUUGUGAUCCUCAAGUCACGACAAAGAGAAAGACUCCAUUGAACUUGCAACAGAGACUACAAAAAAAGUCCCGUUCGUCCAAGUUGGUGCCGCCUUUUCCUGGGCAUAUGGGAUCAGAAAAUAACCUAGUUUAUAUUUUGAAUUAUUUUCCCAAUAGAUGAAACUGAUUAAUAAGGGCAUGCCAAGCAGCUUGGGGUCACAAGCUACUAGUAGCCACUGUAUGGGACAGUAAUUGUAUGGGACCAUUGAGCGCAAAUAUGGAGCAAAAUUGAGCUUUUUUUUUUUGUUUUUUUUUUAUUUUUUUAUCUUUGAAUGUGUUUGUUGAUUAAGUGUUAUGUUUAAGAGCUCAGUAGAAAUAUCUAAAUAGUAUUUAGAUACGGCUCCUUCAUAAAUUUGAGAAAGAAGAAAAAUUCUUUGAGCUGUGCUUUGUGCCAUUCUCAGAACUGAGAA